ACACAACUGUUUAAGAUGAACGUAGAAUUUACCUUAAGCUUCAUCCACCAUGCGGCGGGUGAUGAGAAUAGGACUGAUGGUCUUGUUGCUGGGACUGCCUGUCCUUGCCAACGCCCAGUUGUUGUAGAAGCCAAUUUGAAGGCAUUCUUUGGGGCUGAAAGAAAGAAGGCUGCUUCUGGAGCAGUGGCGAUGGCUAUUGCGGGCGGGACCUGUUGCAGGGCCGCACUUGGGUCACUGGUCGUGGCAACGCCCUCGAACUUCUGGCCACCGCAGCGUUGCUCCGUAGUCCUGCAGUCUACAUUUGUGGGCUCGUGUUUGCUGAGUGGAGGAUGCAACAACUUGGUCAUAGGGCCAGUGGCAAGAAGGUCAGUACUGGUGAGAGCUGCAGCAGCUCCUACCAAAAAACCUGACCAAGCUGCCAAGCGAGCCCGUCAAAGUGAAAAGAGACGUGUCUACCACAAGUCCAAGAAGUCUGAGAUUUCCACUCGCAUGAAAAAGGUCUUUGUGGCUUUGGAUGUCUUGAAGAAGAAGACGGAUGCCUCAGAAGAAGACUUCAAGCAUGUUGAGAAGCUCAUCAGUGAGGCUUUUAAAAUCAUUGAUAAGGCAGCGCAGGUGAGUUCUAUUCACGUGAACAAGGCAGGGCAUCAGAAGUCUCGCUUGUCUAGGGCUAAGAGGACUGUGUUGAUUCAGUUGGGAAUGUAUACUCCCACAUCAGCCUCUUCCGCACCCAGUGCCCCCACAUCAUCAGCAUAGGUGUCCAUUCAUUCGACGAGUUUCCCUCUACAGAUUGUGUUUUCUUCCAUCCUUGAACGACAACAGUGUAUAGGGUGUUCUUUGAUCAUUACGAAAGCAGACAAGUGAGGAGCCCCAUCGGUGAUGUGCUAUGGCUUUAGAUAGGUUAAGUUAAGACGAAGGUCUUCGUUUGGAGGCUGUUUUGAGGAAGAUGUUUACCUGAGAAACGUGAAAUCUUAAUUGUUGUUCAAUUUUGUUGGAUCUCUGAUGUGAGCCACCUUCAAUUGAUACUCACAUUCAAGCAAGAGACGUGCUUUAAAUUUGCUCACUUUCCUCAUGUUAAAUAAAAAUUGUUCCUCA